GGCCGCUGGUGUCGCCAGGAGCGCAUUCCUUGCCGCCACCUAUAAUUUUAUUCAUUGUUUUUCCGCGUGAUUGGGUCCACUCCUCUACUAUAAUCUUUCCCGCAAUCCGAGCCUCCAAUUAUAUACGCUGAUUUCGCUUUCGGCAAACGAGCCCAUCUGAUCCUCGUUUUUACAAAUUAGCGUAUCGUGAAAGUAUUCAACAUGGCGUCGACUGGGAAAAAGCAUAAGGUUAAGGGGAAGACCCUCAACCUAAAUGACUUUCUGGGUGGUGAUCAAGAGGCACCGUCGGGAUAUGCCGUGGUCAACACUCGUCGUAUCAACUGGGCGGACACAAUGGAAAAUGAAGCCGUGGACGCAGAGAAAUUCACCAUGGACUACAAGAGAGACGAGAAGAUCAUUCUCCCAACGGCUCCAAAAGCUGCCCGUGGCCCAGAUGUGGACCUGUCUAAGGUACCCAACCGACCGCCCUACACGGUCUACCUGGGCAACCUGCCGUACGACGUCUGCGACGAAGACGUCAUCAAAUUUUUCCGUGGCUUGAAGGUGUCGUCCGUACGCCUGCCCAGAGAAAGCGGCGACAGAGGUCGCAUGCGUGGCUUCGGCUACGCUGAAUUCCCGGACCGGAGCACCCUCUUGGAAGCACUGGGUUACAACAACGAGAACCUGAAAAGCCGGUCCAUAAAAGUGAGCCUAGCCGAGGAGCACGACAACGAGGGCCGAGAGCGCGGAAAUCGCGACAUCGGCCGCAGCGACCGGUCGUUAGGCGGCGAUUGGAGGGCGAUGUCGAGGGACGACGGAGAUGACGACCGAAGAGAGUCCUCUUCGUUUGGUGGUAGCCGAGGAUACGACGACGAUGGCGGCUACCGUCGGCCCGGAUUUGGACGGGACUCUGACAGAGACGGUGGGGACUUUGGCCGUGACCGGUUCUCGAGAGACCGACCUCGUGGGUUCGGAGACCGCGACCAAGGUUUCGACCGCGGCUUCGAGCGUCGGGGCGGCGGUCUCGGAGGCUACGACAGGCCAAGGGACCGAGACUACGACAGGGAUCGAGGUUUUGGUGGAGGUGGCAGGCGAGAGUAUGGCAGCAGCUUCAGGGAUGACCGGGAUGACCGGUUCAGUCGAGAUGAUCGGGACGACAGGGAUCAAGACAAGCCCGGAGAUUCCUCUGGCUUUGCAGACUCUGCGCCGCGGGAGCGCAAGAAGCUGCAGCUCAAGCCCCGCUCGGUGCCCGUUGAAGCAACCAAGGAGGCCGCUGCCGUGCCCAAGGCCCCCGAGCCUGCACCUAAGGCCUCGUCGGCCAUUUUCGGCGGAGCGCGACCAGUCGAUACGGCUGCCCGAGAGCGUGAGAUCGAAGCACGGCUCGCUCGGCAGCGCGAGGAAGAAGAGCGCCGACAGAUCCGGGACCGGGAACCCUUCCAAGACAGUCGCAAGGACGACCGGGUGAGGCGCUCUAGUGUCGGCUCGGGGUCAGGGCGAUCGCGGCGUUCCUCGGAGUCUGGCAGGGACUCCUACGACGACGGAGGACGGCAACCACUGUCGCGGCAGUACAGCAACGACAGUGAUCAACACUCUCAAAGUAGCCGGCACGGUUCUCAAGCUGGCUAUGAUGCACCUGUACGAGGCGAGCCAGGAGACUCAGCAAAGCGACCGCCAGCUGACCGCAUCCGGCGACCGGACUCUGGUGGCAGCGGGCCAAGAGACGGUCCUGCCACGCGAAAUGGCGGCGAGAGGCCGCCCUCCAAACAAGAGCUCACUUCCGGCCCCAAGAGCGACGACGGCAAAGAAGUAGUGUACACAAGCCGAAAUAUCUACGCGCAUCUGCAGCAAGAAGACGGAGACGAAGUCUCCGACUGAAAAGAGGAAAAAAAAAUGCUGACUGUGACGUCAACGAUGAUGCCUGUGCACCUUCUUCUUCACGCUUGCAGCGUCGUUGGCUUAGUGACUCUUGCUAAGGAAGUGUCCUCCUCCUUUCCCCCUCUCUCUCUCACCUUGCCUCUUCUUGUUCUUGCAUGGCUGUGUUUUCUUUCUUUUAGAACAUUCAUGCACAGUUGCUUCUAGAAAUUUUCUUUUUUCUGUCCUGUCUGCCUGCAGUAUCUUCAUUUCCCUGUCACAUAGGAACCUUUAGAACACCUUGCUCUUAAAGCACGUUUAGGCUUAAUUAGUUUCUUUGUACGUGCCAUGAGACAUCUUUCCGCAGCCUCUGGGAUUGCUUCCAUCCCCGGAAACGUAGUACAUGUGUUGUUAACAAAGCUGCAGCACAUGGCAUGCAGACACGGCCAAAAUUCAAAGAGGUAAUUUUUUUACCAACAGUACAUUAUACGGCUGCCUCGUUUCACGGAUGUAAGGCAAGUUGCUUUGUAUUUAUUACUCGCCAUCGUGUCGGUUUUCAGCAACUUGCGUGUAGUGCCGGCAUGCGUGAGAGAUGUGGCUGUGCUUGGAAAUGUGAGCAGUCUUUGGCUUUUUUUUUUUUUUUUUUUUUUUGAGCAGGCUGUAAAUAUACAAUCAGGCUUGUGUAUUUUUUUUUCUUGGCAACUGGCCUCAGUUUACCAUAGGUGCUAUGUUGGCUGCCUGCCUCGUUGGCCUAAACUGUGGCACUUUGCUGUAGCGCAAAAGUGUAGCAUUAGCCCCGCGCGUGGGACUCUUGCAUGCUACCGAUCAAAAACCACGACACUAGCGGCUGACCAUGUUGUGUUUGAAACAUAGUGGUCUCUUUUUUUAAUUAGACAUACAAAUGGACUUCUAUUCUAAUUUUUUUUCUUCUUUUUUUUUUUCCUAAGUGUGCACUGUUGUGUGCAACAAUAUGCACGUACUCGUGAGACAUGUACAUACCUGAGUAGUUUUUUUGUCGCUUUUUAUUUUUUCGUGCAAUUGCAGGAAUGCGUGACUUUUUUUUUUUCAUUUUCUCCGUGGUCUUCUGCAUACGAUGCAGCAUCUUAGGCCUUGGAUCUUGCCUUUGGGCAAGUGACGCGCAAAGUUGGCUCCCUUUUUCUAGGAAAAAGUGAGCUUGGUGAAAAAAAAAAGCUACUGAAGGUUUGUAGUUGUCUAGUAGAGGAGCAGUGUACAUAACUUUUUAAUUGAAGGAAUGAUCACACUUCUUAAUGUAAUGAUUUUGCUUGAUGCUGCGGCGUGUAUCCGCGAGACGCAGACUCCUUUGGUACAACAAAGAGUAUGCCUGCUGUUUUCCUUCCCUCUUCAUCAGCCGGGUUGAGGAAAUAAAAGUAAAUGCUAUGCUUGUGGAA